AUGAAUAAAACGGAGCAAGUCAAGAAGUACUCCCUCUUCCUCUCUGGGGCGCGGAGGGUCGACGAGAGCACUUCCCCCCAUCCCCCUCCCCCUCCUUACCUCCUUCAAGUCCGCUCCUCCAAAACGUUCGUCUUGGCAACGAUAUGCACAGCGGUGUUUACCGACAUAUUCCUCUACGGGAUCGUCGUGCCCGUCAUCCCAUUUGCCCUCGCCUCCCGGGCACACGUGCCCCCGUCGUCCGUACAGUCGUACGUCUCGAUCCUGCUGGCCGUCUACGGCGCCGCGCUGCUCGUGGCGUCCCCCGUCGCCGGAUGGUACGCGGAUCGGUCGUCGAGUAGGAGGCUGCCGCUGCUGCUAGGACUGUGGGCGCUGGGCGGCGCGACGGUCAUGCUGUGUCUUGCCCGGACGGUAGCGUUACUGGUUGCAGGGAGGAUCUUGCAGGGCUGCAGCGCCGCGGUGGUGUGGACGGUCGGUCAGGCGCUUUUGGUGGACACGGUUGGCCAGAAGGAUAUUGGGCAGACGUUGGGCUAUGUGGGGAUCAGUAUGAGUCUGGGCAUCUUGCUCGCCCCGCUGCUAGGGGGCAUUGUCUAUGAGAAGGCUGGAUACUAUCCGGUCUUCUAUAUGGCAUUUGGCUUGAUUGCAGUCGAUAUCCUGCUCAGACUGGUCCUGGUUGAAAAGAAGGUGGCUCGGCAAUGGCUGGAUGACGACGAAAACACUGAAUCAGAGAAGACAUCUCGAGAUCCCGAGAAACUCGUAAUCGACAGCAGAUCUCGAGAAGGAACGCAUUCCGAUGAAAUUGGACCCCAGCAAGGAGCCGAUCAAGCUGGGAAAGCGGCUUCAAGUAGACAAGAUUCGGUCGCUCGCCAAAGCCCUGAAACCCAAAUACCCACUCCAACACAGCAACCAUCCAGCAAAUGGCCACCCGUCCUCACCCUCCUCAAAUCCCGCCGUCUCCUCACAGCCCUCUGGGGCUGGAUCGUCCAAGGCUCGCAAAUGACAGCUUUUGACGCCGUCAUCCCCCUCUACGUCCAACGAACCUUCCACUGGAACUCCAUAGGGGCCGGCCUCAUCUUCCUCGCGAUUAUGAUUCCCGGGUUCCUAGCCCCGUUAGUCGGCUGGGCAUCCGAUAAGUACGGCCCACGCUGGCUGACCGUAACGGGAUUCAUGCUCGCCGUGCCAUUCUGGGUCCUGCUGCGACUGGUUACUUACGAUGGUCUUGAUCAGAAAGUCCUGCUGUGCGCAUUGCUGUUCUUGAUUGGGAUAACGCUGACGUUGGUGAACGCCCCGCUCAUGGCGGAGAUCACCUACGUGGUUGAAGCGAAGGAGAAGGAGAAGCCCGGGAGAUUUGGGACAAAUGGAGCGUAUGCUCAAGCAUAUGGACUUUUCGUGACGGCCUUUGCUGCGGGCUCGCUCAUCGGGCCGCUGUGGUCCGGAUACGUCGAGGAGAGUGCCGGGUGGGGAACGAUGGCCUGGUCCUUGGGUCUUCUUGGGGUGUCGGGUGCUGUUCCUUGUCUGAUAUGGACGGGGGGCUUGAUAACGGAGGAGAACGCGAAGAGCGGGGAGGAGAGAGCGAUUGGGAGAGGCGCGUUGGGGGAGAUGAGUGAGGCUCAACUCGAGGGUGGUGAUGUCUAG